AUGCUUUCCACUGCAACUCGCGCUGCCCGGCCAAAGCUUUCCCUCAAUGUCGCUGCUGUGCCGGCUCGGCCAACUCUCUCCCUCAAAUCGCCAUCAGCAAUUCCGCGAACACCAUUGAGCCCGUCGCCGCUUAGUCCUACCGCCUACAACACCCGUGCAAACCAAAGAGGCUUCUGCACCGGGCAACAACCUACCUUUUCGUACCCCAUACCCGUGGGUACCAAGAGCAUUCUCAAGCGGACAUCAAGUACAUCAUCUGCCUCAUCUUCAUCAUCUUCAUCCCGCAAGAUCCAGUUUGACGACCAGCCCGUGGUGCAUUGCAUCACGCCAGUGUCUCUUGAAGAUGGCGACAGCAGUGCGGCAGCCUAUGUCCGAGUAACUCGCGAAAUGCGCUGGUCAAGAAGCUACGACGGACUAUGA